AGCUCGGAAUACACUGCGCAGUCGCUUGUUGCCGUCAAGGCCGAACUCAAGAACACCACCGAGGCCAUCCGCGGGAUAAUCUCAAACGUACAACAGAACACACAUGCUGGAGAGAAAGCAAGGGCUGCCGCCAAAGAGGCGGUAGAGGUAGGCAAGGCGAACCUGGAGAUGAUGAGACAGAUGAAGAACACAGGACCGCAAACAAAUGGCACGAUCAGCUACGCUGCCAUGGCAGCUAGGGGCGCCGCACUAGCAGGUAUCCCCAAUACACAAGUUCCUAGAGCGCCGUCAGCGCAGACGCAACGUGAAGUCAUCGUGACCCUCAGGGACGCAUCAAUCAUACAGAGCAUGCGGGCGAUGAACACACGUAACCAUAACAGCCAUGUAGAGCGAGCCAUAGCACACAGCGGGAACGAGAACACAGCCAGUAUCAAGGUCCUCUCGAACCAACUGAAAAGCGGAGAUCUCAGCAUCAAGACAGCCACUAGUAGCGAGGUAGAAGCACUGAAGCAGUUUGCCGAUGACUGGGUCCACCGCAUCGGCCACAGGGCCACAGUACGGAUCCCGACAUACGGAGUUCUUGCACACAGCAUACGGACAAACUCCAUAGACAUGACCCGGUUUGAAGAGACAAGAGACCAGAUCCUACAGGAUAACAGGCCGUUCAUCCCGCAGGCAGAGAUCAGAUACAUAGGCUGGCUGACCAGAAACGCGCACACUAAGGCUGCAUCUAGCGUCAUCAUAGAGUUCACUAAGCCAGAGGAUUCCAACAAGAUCAUUGACAAGGGACUCAUAUGGUAGGGCGAGGUCUUCCAAUGCGAGCGAUAUGACAGACAGUGCCGACUGAAGCAGUGCUAUAAGUGCCAACACUACGGCCACAUAGGAACCCAGUGCAAGAUAACAACAGCAUGUGGCUACUGUGCGCAGGAGCACGAGACCCAAGACUGUCCAUCGAAGCUGGACCGGAGCGAAUCAAGGAAAUGCGCGACUUGCCGAGGCGAGCACGAGUCGUGGAGCUACCAGUGUCCGACCAGGAAGGAGGAGAGAGCCAAGGUGAAGGCCGCGUACAACAUGUGACCUUACUACCACCCUACCCCAGAAGCAGCGACAAAGAACGCAACACUACCAGGAACUGCAUCAACAGCUAUGCCAAUGAGCAGACCCAUCCAAGGCGGGACACUACAGAGAACCCAAGCUUCCCGGAACUGAUCUCAAUCCAGGCGCGGGCAGAAGCGAACCAGCACUGGACACACAGUCGACCAGACGGAGCAGGAGAAUCCG